ACACGGCCCUACGCCCUAGCCGAGCGCCACACCCGCGCCGGCGCCGCCAUCCCCUGUUGCUCUCCUCCGUUGGCGCCGCCCCCUCCCUCCUCCGUCACCCCUCUCGGCCUACCUGCCCGGAGUCCGCCCUCCGGCGUGCCGCGGCCAAGCUCCAAUCUCCACGCGGCAGACCUCGGCGGCGACAGCUGCGGUGUGCGGUGUCGCAGUUCGAGCAUGGAGAAGGAGGAUAGCAACGCGCUGAUCUUGCCCUGCAAGAGGAAGAACAAAGCCCAAGGGAAAGGCAAGGAUGGCAACAAGAACAAGACCAAGGAAGAUGCUAAGAUGAGCAAGACUCGGCUUAAAAAGCUGCAGAAAUUGGAGGUUGAUAGCAACGCGCUGAUUUUGCCCUGCAAGACGAAGAACAAAUCGCAAGGGAAAGGCAAGGAUGGCAACAAGAACAAGAACAAGGAAGAUGCUAAGAUGAGCAAGACUCAGCUCAAAAAGCUGCAGAAAUUGGAGGAGGACAAACAAAAGAAGGCGCUGCAAGCUCAAAGCAUCGGGACUUUGCAGAAGCACAGGAUCGCUGAUGAGGCAUACUCACUGCUGCACACUUCGGGGUCUAUUGGUCAAGCUGCGACUAUGAAAGAAAAACGUAGGCGUGCCAUGCAGUUGUGCAAGGCUGGUUUAGAUGUCCCUGAAGAACUUUCGCUAUUCAAGAAAAACUCUGAUCAGAAAGGAGUUCCAGUUCCUGAAAACACUGAAGAUGUGCCGGAAGCUUGCCCAGUGAAGUUAGUUCAGAGCACAAAACUUUAUCAUCCUGGUAGUGAACGAAAGAAUCAUGAGAGUGAUGCAGUGAAGCCUAACAUGGGUAUUGGUGUGAGCAUUCUGGAUCAAAAAACUGAAGAGACUAAUGCUGAUGUUGACAAUUCAGCACAUCAGAGCAUUCCAAAACAAAAAACUGAAAAGACUAAUGAUGAUGAUGACAUUUUGGUACAUCCGACAGUUCGUUCAUCUGUGCCAAGUUGCUCUGGUGUAGAGAUUGAUAUCCAGGAUAAAGAGCCACAACAAGGUGAAGCCGCUGUACAGGAGUGCUUCAGUUCUCCCAUUGUUGUGCAUGUGUCAAGACCACAUGAGGUUGAGAAGGCGAGGAGGGAUCUCCCAAUAAUAAUGAUGGAGCAGGAAAUAAUGGAAGCUAUCUAUGAAAAUUCAGUGGUAAUUCUGUGCGGAGAAACGGGCUGUGGUAAAACUACUCAGGUCCCUCAGUUCUUAUAUGAAGCCGGCUUUGGCACAAGCAAUCGAGCUGAUAGAAAAGGGAUGAUUGGUAUCACCCAGCCACGGCGUGUUGCUGUUCUUGCCACAUCCAAGAGGGUAUCUUAUGAGUUAGGACUGAAGCUAGGAAAGGAGGUUGGUUUUCAAGUUAGACAUGACAAGCAGGUGGGAAAUAAAUGCUCCAUCAAGUUCAUGACAGAUGGCAUUUUGCUACGAGAGGUCCAGAGUGACUUUCUGUUGAAGCACUAUUCGGUGAUCAUCUUGGACGAGGCACAUGAAAGGAGUUUGAACACAGAUAUACUUAUUGGGAUGCUUUCUAGAGUUAUAAAGGCACGCAAGUUUGUGUAUGCAGACCAACAGAAACAAAUACGCUCUGGAAUGAAGAUUGAUCCGGCAGAUAUGGUUAGUCAGUUGAAAGUGGUCCUGAUGAGUGCUACCUUGCAAUUAAAAGACUUUAUUUCAAACAGAAGAUUGUUUGAUGUGAUUCCACCAGCUGUAGAGGUGCCAACACGACAAUUUCCAGUAACAGUUCACUUCGCAAAGAGGACACAUGAUGAUUAUUUAGCGCAAGCUUAUAAGAAAGUUCUGUCGAUCCACAAGAGUCUACCACCAGGAGGAAUCCUUGUAUUUGUUACUGGACAACGAGAAGUGGAUUAUUUAUGUAAGAAAUUGCAAAGAGCAUCCAAGCGGCAAAUUGGUAAGAAGUCUGAAAUGGUUGGAGACGAGUAUGGUUCAAGACCAGAAGUAGAAGAGAAGGAAAUUUUUGAAGCAUAUGAUAUUGAUAGAACUGAACCUGAGCACCAAGACGGCAUAUUUUCCUCAUAUGGUGAAGAUGAAACGGAUGAUGAGCUAAAUGUUGCUUCUUCUGAUGCUGAAACAGAGAGUGAGAUGGAUACUGACAGUGAUGAGGAGGAUUCUGUUGCACAUGAAACCGCAGAAGAAGAUGGACCAGUGUUAUCAUUUUUAAAAGGUGCUGAGAGUUCAUCUGUACUGAAGGCAUCCUUUAAAGCUAUAUCAGGACAACCAGAAACUGCUGAGGAAGCGAGCAAUGCUACAAUUGCAGAAAAGUCAGGUCCUUCUGCUUCGCGUGCUAGGCUCCGUGUUUUACCACUUUAUGCAAUGCUACCAGCUUCGCAGCAGCUUAGAGUAUUCCACGAUAUUCCUGAAGGGGAAAGAUUAGUUGUUGUGGCAACUAAUGUUGCAGAAACAUCUUUAACAAUUCCUGGCAUAACAUAUGUGGUCGAUACUGGAAAAGAAAAGGUUAAGAACUAUGACCAUGCUACUGGGAUGGCAAGUUAUGAAGUACAGUGGAUAAGCAAGGCAUCAGCAUCCCAACGUGCUGGGAGAGCUGGAAGAACUGGGCCUGGGCACUGUUACCGUCUCUACUCAGGUGCAGCAUACAGUAAAGAUGAUUUAUUUCCUGAUUUCACUGAGCCGGAGAUCAAGAAAAUGCCAGUUGAAGGCAUUGUGCUUAUGCUCAAGUCUAUGAAUAUUGUUAAGGUUGAAAACUUUCCUUUCCCUACGCCUCCUAACAAGGAAAGUUUGGUUGAAGCUCAGCAUUGCUUGAAGAUAUUGGAAGCAGUUGACAACCAAGAAAAACUUACAUCAAUGGGAAAGGCUAUGGCGCAAUACCCAAUGAGCCCACGACAUUCUCGUCUUCUUCUGACAAUAAUUAAAAUGUUGAAGAGUCAGGAAGGAUGUGCUAGAUCUAACCUCAUAUUGGGAUAUGCAACUGCUGCUGCAUCAGCUUUAAGUUAUACCAAUCCUUUUCAAGUUCAGGGCAACACUGAUAGAGAAACAAAUGAAGAUGGCCCUGAUCCAGAACAUAAGGAUCGACAUGAAAGGAAGAGUCAGAAGAAGCUCAAAGCCAUGGUUCGAGAAGCACGGAAAGAUUUUUCCAUCCCUAGCAGUGAUGCUUUAACCAUUUCCCAUGCUUUACGGUCAUUUGAGUGUUCUAAAAACCGAGUUGAGUUCUGCAGAGACUACUCGCUUCACCUGAAAACAAUGGAAGAGAUGUCAAAAUUGAGAAAGCAGCUUCUUCGAUUAAUAUUUAACUAUAGCAAAUUUUGUGAUGAAUUUGCUUGGAAUUUUGGAGGCUCUCAGGAUGUUGAACAGGCCUGGGGGAGUGAAACCAACAAAAAGCCAAUGCUGAAUGAAGAGGAAAUUCUGGGGCAAGGAAUAUGUGCUGGGUGGGCUGAUAGGGUUGCAAAGAAGAUCAACACUUUCUCUGGAUUGUCAAAAGAGGAUCGAAAGGUUCGAGCUGCACGUUAUCAAUCUUGCGCUCUCAAUGAUAUAAUAUAUCUAAACCGAUCAUCUUCUGUUGCCCAAAUUCCACCAGACUAUGUAGUUUACUCCGAACUACUAAAUACAAAGAGAUCAUACAUGUAUGGUGUGACCAGUGUAAAGCCAGGAUGGCUUUUGAAAUAUGCUAGUUCUCUCUGCACCUUCUCAGCACCGCUGGAGGAUCCAAAGCCCUACUAUGAGCCUCAGAAUGACCAGGUCUACUGUUAUGUCAGUCCCAUCUUUUGUCGACAUAAUUGGCAGCUUCCACUGCACAGUUUACCCAUCAAAGAUGCCACCCGUCGGGUGCAGAUAUUUGCAUGGGCUUUGCUUAAAGGGGAUGUCUUGCCAUGUCUAAGGGUGGUUCAAAAGUUCCUGGCUCUGUCACCAUCUGUUGUCCUGGGGCCUGCCAGCCAAAGAAGAGUUGGAGAUCUUCUUAGCAGGAUGAGUAAAAAGACAAUAUAUAGCCGGGCAGCAUUAAGAGAUGCAUGGAAUACUGACCCAGAUUUUCUUUAUCCCGAGAUUCAGGCGUGGAUCCAGGAUAAAUAUCAGAGCCAGCUUGGAGAAAUAUGGGAACAAAUGCACCGAGAAGUUUGCCUCGAGGGGCGCGAACUUUUCCCGAAGAGGUUCAAGAAAGUUAAAGGGUAAUCAAUUAGAACAGAUCGUGUUGUAAUUGCUUGACUGAUGGAAGCUGAUUUGUGGUUAGAGCUUUCAUGAGUUAUUCAGGAGUAAGAAUAAAAUCUCAAGGGAUAUGAAACCACUCCGUUGUUUGGUCUAUAUAUCCCCACAUAAUGAUGACCCAUUCUUAAAAACGGCCAUAUCUAUUUACUCAAAUCACCACAAGUAUCAUAAUUUCUUUGUGCCUUACGUGCCAAUUGCAAAGUGCCUGACCAAUAAGAGGUGCUUGUAAGCUGUUACAGCAGUGGAAACCAACACCUUCAGUUCACGUGCAAAACACUGUGGCCUGCACUUGUAGUGCUGCUGUCAGCAGAGUUUUGUGCAUUAAGGGAAUGGUGGGGCAUAAGCAUAAUUAGCAGAAAAUGUCCAUGAGAGGAAACAAAUGGCUGAUUGUUUUAACCCACUUGGGCUUGGUUCAGGAUAGACCUUCAGGUGGUAAGCAGCCGUUGAGCCAUCAAACUUAUGAUGUAAUAUCAAUACAUCAGUACAACCAGUUUGUAAGUUGUGUGCAUUAAGCAAGUCUUAUUGGGAUGUAUGAGCUGUGAAAAUUGACUUUAACUGAAGUUUCAAUCUAACAAAACAAUGAGAAGUUGGAACUCGCGACGACAUUGAACUGCACCUUCACUUUGCUGUUGAUACAAGUGAUCCUUUAUUGUCAAGCUGUGAAUAUAUUUUGCCGUAUGGUUUACUUUGUGCUGCAGCAUCAAGUCGUUACUUUUGGCAUUUACGAGCUAGCAAAAGAAGUUGAAUUGCAUUCUUAAUUGUUCAAUGCAGAAAUGAAGUGUUAUUCGACACUAGCAUUUUGUAAUAUAUAAAUAGAAGUGUUAUGGGAACCUUGGAAGUUGUGACGCAUUCUCCAAAUAGAUAAAUCGCAGCCUCACUUGAUGCAUAAUAUGAGACCCAAAAUUAGCUGCUGCAAAAGAUGGAUGAUGCUCUACAACCGGAAACAUCAGGACUAGAAGUGGACAGAAGAAGAUUUUCUCAAAGUCUUGCCCUUCCUUAGAGUUGCAGAGAACUUGUCUGCAUACACCUAUACUUGUCUGUGCUCAACUGAAUCGCAAACACAAACAGAAGCAGUGACUGACUAAGGGCAGGGGAUUGCUUUAGGAUGUUUUGUUUUUUAUUUAACAUAUAUUCAUCAUAUAUAAGCAGAAAGAAAAUUUUCAUGUCUAGUACGUAAUUUAUAGGUAGUGAAUGGUUGGAGCUUCCGUGAA